CAAGAAUCAGCUGAUAAAUGGUUGUUCUUCGUAAUUAUCUGUUAUCUAAAUUAUCUCUGAUAUUACAUAAGUAGCCGGUAUCUGUGAAUGUAGAACGCUAGUUUUGAUGAAUUUCAACGUCAGUGUCCGUUAGGGAUAUGUCUAAUGCAAUCAGUUAAGGAGAAAUGGCGCUUAUUUGAAGAAGGAUUUUCCACCCGCAACGAAGAUUGAAAUAGAUAAUGUAUUUGGAGACUGUGCAACACCAAUUUACUAUCUAAUAAGUGUUUUGCAAAAAAGAAAGUAAUAAUAUUAGUUAAGUAAUUAUAAGAAGAGAGAAAAAAGAAGAACAAACCAAAAUGAAUAAUUUAAUUGACUCAUCGGAAAGUUCAUUUAGUGAUGGGACCCUUCCUGAUACGAGAUCAGCCAACAUGUUAGAGGACAGUUGGAUCGAGACCCUAGGAUGGGCUGUUGGGGCCAUCUGUUCCUUAUCCAUGAUGUUUGGUGGUGUGGUGCCAUACAUACCACAGUACCUGCAUAUAAGGCGGUCUGAGAAUCCAGAGGGUUUCUCUCUGUAUGUGUGCCUUGUGCUCCUUCUGGCUAACAGUCUGAGAAUUCUGUUCUGGUUUGGCCACUGGUUUGAACUGCCAUUGUUGUUUCAAAGUAUCGUCAUGAAUAUUGCCAUGAUGAUGAUGAUAUCAUUAUGCGUCUCAAUCCGCAACAGAGGCCAGCUAGGCCACAACAGAGAACAUGUCUUCACAGAUUUUGACUAUGACCACUUUUGGGAGUGGACGGACUUCCAGUCAUACGUAGAAUUCAUGCUCACGUUCUCCACCAUGGGCUGCCUGCUCAUGUACAUCUUCAUUGAUUCUCCCUUGUUUGUGGAGACAGUUGGCUUCAUCUCGGUGUUAACAGAAGCCCUUCUAGCCGUGCCACAGUUCUACAGGAAUUUCAUGAUUAAAUCAACAUUUGGAAUGAGCCGUCAGAUGGUGUACAUGUGGUUCUUUGGAGACACAUUCAAGACGUUGUACUUCUGGUUCCGAGAAGCUCCCAUGCAGUUCUUUGUCUGUGGUUGCCUGCAGAUCUGCAUUGACAUAGCGGUGCUUGCGCAGUGCUUCUUGUACCGGAAGAAGAAUUCACAUCUUAUCAAUUAAUGUUUGGUAACUUAGCUAUAAUGUCAAGACUGGAUGUAUUGAACUCCAUUGCAUUUUAUUUUUGAGUGUUACAGGGGAUAUUGUGGUAUUUUUUAUUGAGAUUUCCCUUCCCCUCCUUCUCAGUCUUCUUUAUAUUCUUCUUUUGUUUGCAUCUCUUCUACCUAAGUUGUGUUCACUGAAUAGAUACAUUCUCCUAACCCAUCCAGGAAAGAGCAUCUCUUUGCAUUGCAUUUAUAAAUGCAAGUAAAUGCUUCAAAAACUGAAACUGUACAUUUAGUUAACUCUAAUUAUUUUUCUUUAUAUCUUUCUUAUAUUUUAUGAAUGAUAUGUUUCUUAUUUUUCUAUUUCACUAUGAGAGGUUGUCUUUAAUGUUCUGUAAGCAACGGAAGAUAUUUGUAAGAUAGAGAGCAAUGUAUCUUGUAACCUUGAAGAAUAAUAGACAUGCAUAUAAAUGAACAAAUAUUUAAGAGAUUACAUGCACAAUAUGUACAUUAAGUGCCUUUUAUACAGAAUUUCUAUAACUGCCUUUAGAUAUUUAUUUAAAUGAUUGUAGUAUGAUACACUGGGUGUAGCUACACUUUUAAAGUUGAUUAGAUUAAGGAUUUUUCUUGUAUUUUGAAUGCUGGAUCUUAAAUAUGAUGUACUGUAUGAGAUACAAGUUGUAACUUUGAUUAAGUAGGGCUGAAUAUUUUUUGUAAAUAUGCUAGAAGUUGCAUAAACCAAAAGAUUUUUUUCUUUCUUUCUUUCUUUUUUUCUUUAGUUAUUAUAAACUAAGGCUUUUUAUGAUUGAAAAUUAUUGAAAUUUUUAGUUUAUAUUUAUCAGUUGAUAAAAGAAUGUUCCUUAAUAUGAAAUGAUAAUAUAUAAUUAGUUCCUAUUUAAUAGUACAUGGUAAGCAUUGAUUUAAUACUUUGAAAUAUUUGAUUUAUCAUACUCAUAAUGUUGGCCUUUUGACAAUAUUGUUAACUUCUAAAUUGUAGUAAAUCUAAUUUUUUGAUAAUAGAAAUGUAGGUAAGACUGAUUUCUGUUCCUGUAUUGUCAUCAAAGAUGUAUUAUAGUCAAAGGAAGUGGAUUUGACAGUAGAUGCUUUAAUCAGGAACAUUUGAGUUAUCACCACAUACUCUUGUCCUACAAGAAGUUUGUCGUAACUUAAGAUUUCUCCUGCAACUAUAAUGGCAAUAGAAACAUAUCACCAGAUCCAUUCUUUGAUAAAGAAUGAACUCACAUUAAAGGAUUUAUUUGCUUUUUCAUUUGAACAGAAGUAUGAUUUGAGAGUGACUUCAGGAUUCUAUGGUGCUCAUGAAACUCUUCUUGGUUGAGUGAAAUGUUCCACUUGUUAAUGAAAUGCAGUAGGAGCUAGAAUUGCAACCAACACAAAUGUAAUUUUUGUGAAGGAGAUGACCUUAGCACACUUUUUCACGUGUGGUUUGGUCUCCCUUGUACAAUUUACACUCCCUUUUUCACAUCUACUACUUCUGAGUUUAAUCCCCUGUGUGAUUCAUUUUGUUACUUUUCUUUAUAUAUAUAUUUUUUUUCUUUCUUUCUUUCUUUUCUACAAUAUGGCUUUACUGUUACUGCAGUGAAACUAUGGCAGUAAUGAAUUAAGCUUGGGUCCCUAACUUAUUGGAGCAUCAUUUGCUAAAAAUUAGUCCAUAUUACCAGAACAUAGACUACCUCUAGUGACAUUUUAUUCUGUGACUUUUUAGUGCCUCAAGAAAAACAUGAGAAUAAAAUAAGUAAGUCUAUAUAGGGCAGAAAACCAAAACGGGCUGGAGAUUUUUCAUAAUUCCUUGGAACUGCAAAGUUACAAUGAUAAGUUUAAGGAUGCCUUAACCCAGUGUUGACGGGAUGGCAAGAAUACAUGCCAUGUCCACUGUGUCUUUUUGUUUAGUGACUGUCUUUACACAUAGAUGGUUUCCAAAGUGCUUAACUAAAAUGGAGUCAGCUACUAAGUCCUACCUAGCUCACCUAUUUCCUGUUUUCCUUCAUUUUUUUUUUUUUUUUUUUAAUUCUUUAUUUUUUAUUGUUAUUAUUACUGUUAAUAGCAUUAUAAUAAUCACAAUGUCAACAACACUAAUAACAAUACCCAUAUUAAUAGUAGAAAAAAAAAUUAUCCUGAAAACUCAAGGAAAGGGGAAAUUAGCUAAGGACACAUAAAGUUAUUAAUUAGCUCCUUGGUGGCUGAACACUUGUGGAGCCAACUAUGUGCAAACAAAGCUCACAAAAGAAAACAACAGUAGAUAUUGUACUUACCCAGCAUCAUUGGGUUAAUGGCAAAGGAAAACAUUCAUAUAGUGAUUUUCUAGUGACAUAUCAAGAAAUUAGUAUUUGCUUUUCUACUGCUCAUUAACCAGGUACAAUGAUUGCUUUUCAAAGUUUCUAAGCUGUUGCAACUCUUUACAGAUUUGUUGCUCAUGAACCCUAGGUAGUAUAUUAAAAGAAUAAAGCACCUUUCAUUUGAAUAUUAGGGAAAACUUUUACAUGAGUUCAAAGGUGCACAGUCCAUUUGUGGCAGGAUUAUAUUAAUUAUUAAUUUUUAAUUUUUGAAAUUUAAUUGUUUUCUGUGUAAUGUACAAUGAUGGUGCUUGUGCCAGUGUGAUUUGUUAGCUCUUGUUCAAAUAUACACAAAGGAGUAAUUUUCACUUAAUCAUAUUCAUCACAGAGAUUUCAAAAGACCUUUAUUCCUUUCUUACAAGAAAGUUUUUUUAUUCAGAUGAAGUUUUGUGCACUAGCCGAGGCCUUGAAGUAUGUGCCUUAUUUCUGUCUGCAUCAAGCCUUUACUUGCAUAUCAUAAAAAACAAAACCUUGUUUUAGCUUUUCUUUUUGCCUGCUGUAAUUAGAAGAACUCAUAGUGACUUUGCAGUAUUUGAAGUCCAAUGUGACUUCAGUAGAUGAGCUAUAUGUAUUCUUAUUCUCAGUAGUGCUUUCCAUUUAUUGCAGUUUAUUGUAAUUAGUGAAUUGUUAAAUAAGUUAACAUGGAGGCUCUAUAUUAACUUUGUCUGCACUUCUCAGUUGUUCUCUUUAAUAUUUUCUAAACUUUUUUGUAAUAUUUGGAAAAGUAGCUUGGUGAUUUCUGGUCCUGUUCCAAGGCCUAGUGCAGUCUCAUUUCUUUGAGCUUAGAAAACAGUAAAUUGAGUUCAAAUCUUCAAUGAUAAUACAUCAUUAGAUGUUUUUUAUGCAAAUUUCUCUGUACAUCUAAACAGAACAAAUGAAUUGAGCAUAAUCAUAAUGAAAAAGGUUGUGGCUAAAUUACUGUGAUUGCAUAUAAAGAUGGUGAUGUUAAAGAGAUGAAUAUUAUUCUGUGAAUUGAUCUGUAAUUUCCUGCUGUAAACCCUAUAAGGUGCUUUAACAUUCUGCCUGUUUUUCCCAUGGAAAAAAAGCUGUUUGUAUGUGAAUAAUGAUUUCAUAUCCUGAAGAUAUGCUGGGUUUAUUAAACUACUGACUAAGAA